AUGGAUUCACCGGAGCCAAGAAUCGAGGUCGAGCAAAAACCUGUUCUCGGUAGUAACACUAAAGAGCAGACCAUUCCUAGGAAGGAUGAGAAAACUGUUAAACCUACCAUUUCACUUGAUUCAAGUGUUAUCAAUCUACCAAGUGAAGGACAAGUCCAGGCGGUCACAUCCAACAUAGGUGGGGAACAUAGGGCUGCAUAUCCACAACACAUUUAUUCCUCGCAAGCACAACCAUUCUAUUACCAAGGUACAGGAUAUGAGAACCUUCCAAACGAAUGCGAUGUAUAUCCUCCCUAUACGAGUGUUGAUGGAUUGGAAGUGGGUCCAGCGGUUAUAUACAACGAGGACCCUUCCAUGAUGUACCAUGGUGGCUAUGGCUAUGACCCUUAUGCUCAUUAUUCUCCUAUCUCGACACCAGUAUCAGCUGGUGUUAGUGGAAAUGGUCAGCUCUACUCUCCUCAGCAGUUCUCCUCGGGUCCUUGCUACCAGCAACCGUUACAGCCUGACAUGCCAUAUUUAGGCUCUCCUACUCCAGUAUCACAGGGUGAGACAAUGAUGCCAAUUGACCCAACACGGGGUGCUUUUAUCGCUGACACUCUGAGUCCAAACAGCUUCCUUUUUGGACCAAGACCAGAAUGGUUUAGAUCGUCACAAGGAACUGGUUCGUUUCUAUCACCUGCAACUUCACCUCAACCUUUGGGUGAUGUUUCAGGGGCGUUUGGACAAAGCAACUUUCCUAUGGCUUCUGGGAUGAUGCCCCCUCAGCAGAAGUCCUUCUAUGGUUUUGGAACCCCUAGUGACUCUUAUGGAAGAAGGUUCUCUCAUCGUGGGAGUUUCCCACAUACCACUAAUUAUGGGAGUCCUUUCCCUGGCUAUGGCCUGAAUGGUAGAAGUUUGAUUCCAGUUGACAAAGAGCGCAGGAGAGGGAGGGGUAAUCCUUUGUUAUGCAGCUUUGUUGGUUCACUUGAUUUCCUCAAUGAGCAAAGCCGCGGUCCACGUUCCACCAGGCCUAAGAAGCAACCAGAGGAUAACAGUAAAGAUGAGAAGUCUUCUGCUGGACUUGACCAGGGGUCAUACAACAGGACUGAUUUUGUUACAGAGUACAAAAAUGCUAGAUUUUUUAUCAUAAAAUCAUACAGCGAAGAUAAUGUGCACAAGAGCAUCAAAUAUGGUGUUUGGGCUAGCACCACAAAUGGAAACAAGAAACUAGAUGGGGCUUAUCAUGAAGUGAAGAAGGAAGAACACUGUCCCAUUUUUCUGUUGUUUUCGGUGAACGCUAGCGCACAGUUCUGCGGUGUUGCGGAGAUGACUGGACCGGUGAAUUUUGAGAAGAGUGUGGACUACUGGCAGCAAGAUAAGUGGACUGGCCAGUUCCCUGUUAAUUGGCACAUACUGAAGGAUGUUCCAAAUAAUCUCUUCCGCCAUAUAAUUCUUGAAAACAAUGAGCACAAGCCGGUAACCAACAGCCGGGACACACAAGAGGUGAAACUGGAACAAGGACAGGAGAUGCUGAAAAUCUUCAAGGACCAUGAGGAGGAUGCGUCGAUCCUCGAUGACUUUGACUUUUACGAGGAACGUGAGAAAGCCCUGCUGGAGAAUAAGGCAAGGCUGUAUCAGCAACAGCAGAUAUCCAGCUCCAGUAUCGCUGAGCCCAAGAAGCCGUCGACUGUACCAACUGACCUGGUGGGUCAUAUCGCCAAGAAUUGUAGCUUUCUUGAGCCCAAGAAGCCCUUGACUGUACCCACUGACAUGGUGGGUCAUAUCACGAAGACUUUUGCACAGGCUGUUCGGCUUGGCAAGGCCAAGAGUGUGAGCCCUCUGGGCAAGAAAGGCCCUGCUGGGGAUUUAUCUGUUGCUGCGAAGCCUGUCGAGGUCAGAGAGAGCGGCUAG